ACCUACCUGGGGGUGGCAGCAUCUCUCAACGGGGGCAACGCGCUGGCCACGUUCGUCCGCAUGCUGGCGCAGUGGAUGGCAGAUCUAGAUAGAUUAGGAUGAGGCGGAGAGUCAAGAAUGCAGACGCAGAGCUAGAAGCUGGGUCUCUCUCGGGCCGGCGGUUGGUGUUCACUCUCCUUCAGGCUGCAUACUGGGCCACAGAGGAUCCUGCAAGGAUGAAGAAAUGGGGUAGCUCAGACCUGGGGGAGUCUGAGGACCCACCCCAACAAGACUGCUGCCCAGAACCCCUGGAUGGAGACCCUGACUCCAAGCCACCUCCAGCCAAGCCCCACUUUUCCAUGGCCAAGAGGCGCGCCCGGCUCUUUGGGAAGGGCGACUCGGAGGAGAAGUCCUCCAUGGAUGGCUCUUAUGAGGAAGGUGAGCUGGCCUCGUGCCCGACCAUCACAGUCAGCCCGGUUGUCAUCAUCCAGAGGCAUGGGGACGGCCCCACCUGUGCCAGGCAGCUGUCCCAGGACUCUGUCACUGCCGGUGCCGAGAAGACCCUCAAGCUCUAUGACCGCAGGAAGAUCUUUGAAGCUGUUGCUCAGAAUAACUGCCAGGAGCUGGAGAGCCUGCUCCUCUUCCUGCAGAAGAGCAAGAAGCAGCUCACCGACAGCGAGUUCAAAGACCCCGAGACAGGGAAGACGUGUCUGCUGAAAGCCAUGCUCAACCUGCACGAGGGGCAGAACGACACCAUCCCCCUGCUGCUGGAGGUCGCCCGGCAGACGGACAGCCUGAAGGAGUUUGUCAACGCCUGCUACACGGACAGCUACUACAAGGGCCAGACGGCGCUGCACAUUGCCAUCGAGAGGCGGAACAUGGCGCUGGUGACCCUCCUGGUGGAGAAUGGAGCAGACGUCCAGGCUGCGGCCAACGGAGAUUUCUUUAAGAACACCAAAGGGCGGCCCGGCUUCUACUUCGGUGAGCUGCCCCUCUCCCUGGCCGCGUGCACCAACCAGCUGGCCAUCGUGAAGUUCCUGCUGCAGAACUCCUGGCAGCCAGCUGACAUCAGCGCCCGGGACUCGGGGGGCAACACGGUGCUGCACGCCCUGGUGGAGGUGGCCGACAACACGGUCGACAACACCAAGUUUGUGACAACCAUGUACAACGACAUUCUGAUCCUGGGGGCCAAACUCCACCCCACGCUGAAGCUGGAGGAGAUCACCAACAAGAAGGGCAUGACUCCGCUGGCCCUGGCCGCCGGCAGCGGGAAGAUCGGGGUCUUGGCCUACAUUCUCCAGAGGGAGAUCCAGGAGCCCGAGUGCAGGCACCUGUCCAGGAAGUUCACCGAGUGGGCCUACGGGCCUGUGCACUCCUCCCUCUACGACCUGUCCUGCAUCGACACCUGCGAGAAGAACUCGGUGCUGGAGGUGAUCGCCUACAGCAGCAGUGAGACCCCCAAUCGCCACGACAUGCUCUUGGUGGAGCCGCUGAACCGGCUCCUGCAGGACAAGUGGGACAGAUUUGUCAAGCGCAUAUUCUACUUCAACUUCUCCGCCUACUGCUUGUACAUGAUCAUCUUCACCGUGGUCGCCUACCACAGGCCUGUGGACGGCUUGCCUCCGUUUAAGGUGAGAAACACCGUUGAAGACUACUUCCGAGUCACUGGAGAAAUCCUGUCUGUGGCAGGGGGAGUCUACUUUUUUUUCCGAGGGAUUCAGUAUUUCCUGCAGAGGCGGCCAUCCAUGAAGGCCUUGUUCGUGGACAGCUACAGCGAGAUGCUUUUCUUUGUACAGUCCGUGUUCAUGCUGGCGACCGUGGUGCUGUACUUCAGCCACCGCAAGGAGUAUGUGGCUUCCAUGGUGUUCUCCCUGGCCUUGGGCUGGAUCAACAUGCUCUACUACACCCGCGGCUUCCAGCAGAUGGGCAUCUACGCCGUCAUGAUUGAGAAGAUGAUCCUGAGGGACCUGUGUCGUUUCAUGUUUGUCUACAUCGUUUUCUUGUUCGGGUUUUCCACAGCGGUGGUGACACUGAUCGAGGACGGGAAGAACAGCUCCGUGUCGACUGAGUCUACAUCGCACAAGGGGCGGGGGCACAGCUGCAGGCCAUCCGACAGCUCCUACAACAGCCUGUACUCCACGUGUCUGGAGCUGUUCAAGUUCACCAUCGGCAUGGGCGACCUGGAGUUCACCGAGAACUACGACUUCAAAGCUGUCUUCAUCAUCCUGCUACUGGCCUACGUGAUUCUCACCUACAUCCUCCUGCUCAACAUGCUCAUCGCCCUCAUGGGCGAGACUGUUAACAAGAUCGCGCAGGAGAGCAAGAACAUCUGGAAGCUGCAGAGAGCCAUCACCAUCCUGGACACAGAGAAGAGCUUCCUGAAGUGCAUGCGGAAGGCCUUCCGCUCGGGCAAGCUGCUGCAGGUGGGGUACACACCCGAUGGCAAGGACGACUACAGGUGGUGUUUCAGAGUGGAUGAGGUGAACUGGACCACCUGGAAUACCAACGUGGGCAUCAUCAACGAAGACCCGGGCAACUGCGAGGGCGUGAAGCGCACCCUGAGCUUCUCCCUGCGGCCAGGCAGAGCUUCAGGUAGAAACUGGAAGAACUUUGCCUUGGUUCCCCUUUUAAGAGACGCAAGUACCCGGGACAGACACUCUGCCCAGCCUGAGGAAGUGCACCUGAGGCAGUUUGCGGGGUCCCUUAAGCCAGAGGACGCCGAGGUCUUCAAGAAUCCCGCUGCUUCCGGAGAGAAGUGAGGACCGCAUCGGGGUGCUGUGGGCGCUGGGCCCUCGGAGACUCUGCUACCGUGGGGGGCUGUCGGGGAGCACCCGUGCUCUGUCAGCCGCCUGGCCCGCUCCGUGCCUGCCCAGAACUUCCCUGCCUAAGACCGCACGGGACAAGCUGUGAGAAGCAUUGUCGGGCGCACCGGAAGAGACGCGCCUCCAGCCCUCACUGUCCCCGCGUGAAUCUCCCAACAGGAAGUGACCUGGCUUUCGAGUUUCUACUCGCUUUAUUAAACAGUGUGAAUGGCAUACCUCUCCUGGGACACACAGGUUAGGCCCUUGUUUUUUUUUUAAUUUUUUUUAUUUUAUAUGACUGGGAGCAAAAGUAAAUGAAGACCAGGAAAACACCCUGGAGAACAAAAAACUCCCUGUGAUAUAAAAUGCCGAAGCCCUUCCUCCCUGCAUUGCGCUUACUGUCUCAUCUGCCCAGGGUGGUCAGGCGGGUGAUGUCGUUUCCUCCCCAGAGAAGGCGGGAGAGGCUAGUCCCAUUCCCAGCUCUGGCAGAACCAGGUUGUGGCAGGAGUGGCUUCAUCCUUCUGUGUGAUGCAUCACAGUCUCCAACUUAGUAGCUCUAUUGCGGUCCAGAUAAAGAGCACAGAACCACAUCCCAAAGCCACAUGGUGAGAAGUUUUCAAUGAUCUUCCAUUUGUAGGGACCCCAGUCCUGCUCCCCUGCCGUGGUACAUGCUUCUACCCUCAUUCAUCCUGUCAUCCAUCAA